UUCCCCUUUGAGUGUAUUAUAAUUUUGUGAUAAAAAUUUCAAGGAAAAAACACACACAACCUCCUUCCUCCCCUUCCUUCGGGGAGGGAAGAGCAAGCGUGGAGAGAGAAAAAUCUAUCUGAGACUGAGCAGCAAGGACAGUGAGGGAAAAAUAUAUGAGUGGGAGAGGGAGAAAGAAGAAGAAGGAGGAGGAGGAGGAGGAGGGGGAGCAAAUUAAAAGUUGCCAAAUGGAGAUAUUGGGUUUCAAGAGGAGUGAGACAGGAGUGUCAUGGAUGAUGAAGACGACCGCCGUCUUCUGGAUUUUAUAGGAGAUGUGCAAGCAUUGAAUGAGUAUCUUCAUGGUUCAAAUAGUAAAUCUAUUGGCGAAGACGAUGUGACUAAUGCAGCAUUUGGGUCGGCCAGUUCGUUCUUCACAAGUGACACAGGUGGCUCCAACGAAGGACUCAAAGAUGACCACAAUCAUUUGGGAGAGUUUGGGGAGGCUGGUGGAGCUGAGCUUCAGCUCGCAAGCAGUCUUCCGUUCAUCGAGGAUGACCUCGACAGUGAAACCUCACCAGAUGGGGUCGAUCUCGGGGGCGAGGACCAACCCUUUGACAUCCUUCAGAAGUCAUUGCUGGAAGCAGAUAUUACAGAGCAGACUUUGGCUCAAGAAGCCCUUUUGGACUCUCAGCCAUCUCUCAUUCCCACAGCUACCGCCUUCCCUCAGCAGCUGGUCUCUGGAGGGUUUGGAGGUAUCGCAGGUCCUGGUGUGGUGGCACCAUUGGCACAACCUCAGGCUUUUAUCCAGCAGGUUCCCCAACUACCCUUGCCAAACGGCCCGGCUGGACACAUCCAGGUAGUGGGAUCCUUCAAUGGCAGUGCCUCCUCCAUGAUGACUAUCAACAGUUUAGUGACAAACAACAGCGGGCAAGGCACCAUGUUCGCCCCUUCCGCAGCUGGUCAGGUGUCAAUGUCCUUCAAUAAAGGGACGAUACCAGUUCAAAACAUUAUCAUCCAGAGAGGCCCUAUGCAACAGACAUUGGUUAGACCCAUUCAGCCUAAACCCUUACAGACAGGGGGACAAACUGUAUACAAUAUCAGCAACAUCGGGCUUCAACCAAGCACCACCACUACUGCAAACUUAGUCAGUAGCCCCUACACAGCCAGCGGCUCUCCUCAGUCUGCUCAACAGGUGAAAGUGGUCAAUCCAGCCAGCAGCAUUGUAAUGCAUUCACCUCUGGGGCAACAAGCGCAACCGCAGUCCCAAUCCAAUCUGCCUCAAGGGCAGUUUUUGCUACCCACUUCUAUUUCCCUCACCCCUGGUACGACUGUUCACGGCUUUCAGGCUGUGAAUGGGCAGGUGUUACAAACAAACACUCAACUGGGCGACCCGUCAUCAAUGAGCACUACCACCUACUCCAUCCUGACCAAUCAGAACACAACAGUACAGCUUAUCGCCGGGCAGAACUUUUCAGCUGGAGGGCAGCUAAUAGUCAAUCAAGGUUUGGUUGCUGGAGGUCAAAUAGGCCAAGCUUCACCGACACCUGUUGUGCAGGUAUCUCAAAGGCCUGGUACAACGGCUAAAGUUUGGACUGCCAGCGCGUCGCCUAGCCCAACCCCUGUACAGACAUCACAGGCUUCAGGUCACCUCACAAUGGUGAAUUCUGGCGUCCAAGGACCACAAGUUUGCCAACAGCUAUCUGUGACCCCAGGACAGCACCUCCUUAUGCCCGUGGCACAGAAUGUUCCAGCUACGUCUGGCAUUCAAGAGUUUCAAGUGUCUUUAAACCAGGACAACACAACAGCAACACAAAGAGGGCAAACACAAUUAGUUAAUCUUCUUGGUACCAAAGCUGUGAAAACGCUCACUCCUGCCAGUCAGGAAUUGCCUCUCACACCGAAGCGACCUGCAACUCAACAACUUACAAGAGGAGAAAUGGUCCUCCAGCAGCUAAGACGAGAUCACAGUGGAGUCAUGUCUUCAGCACGGACGCCCUUCACUUCAUUUAAUGAUGUCAUUGACAGAAUACUGCCCUAUCAUGUUUUCCAAGGCUCACCACCGCAAGAUGAAGAUUUCGCCAAAGUUGAUGAAGAGUUUGAGGCGGUUGCCAUACAAGUGUUAAACAGAACGCAGGCCAUGGUGAACAAAUACAGGCGCUUACUUAUGGUGGAAGCAGAGAGGUCCAGCCCUUCGUCAGAAAUGGUGAUGAUUGACAGGACUUUUAAUCAAGAGGAACGGGGCAACUUGACUCAAGACAAACGAAUGGUGUUAGUGGAUCCAGAUGGUUUCAUGGAAGACUUCUGCUGUGGCCCUAAACGGAAGAACCGAACUACAGUUUUGAAGCCCGCCAUCCAUGAGGGCAAUCCCAGCAUAAUGGAAACAUCCCCAAGACAUUCCACAAGUCACACCGGAAGAGAUGAGCAGGAUAUAAAAAGCCACAAAGAACCUGCUUAUAGGACAGAACCUCAACAACAAGCAAUGGAGGAGCACAGAAGAACUCCCAUCAAGUGCAUCCUGGACCUAAAAAAAAUUAAAUCCAACAACCUAAUCAGCAGCAACAGUCAACACUCUCACUACCCUACAUCUCCCAGCCAAUCACAGCAUAGCUCCGCCCAAGGCUACCCUUCGAACCUGGGGCCGGGUCACGAACAUCAACUUCCCUCAGAUCGUAGUCACGCCUCAUUGGCCGACACUGACUCUGUGCUCGAGGCUGCUGUGAAUAGCAUCUUAGAAUGUUAGACAGUGCCAUAUUUAUGUUUGUUCGUCGUUCCAUGUUAAUCUCAUUUCAUUUCAUGCCAUGCGUGUGCAAGCUGAACUCCACAGGUUAAAACGCACACAACGGCUCUGAUGAUGUCGAGGAACAGGAAGGUGAAUCUAGCGAUAGUGAUACUCUAAUACUGUGCCUGUUGUCCUAGAGAAGUUUACAUAAGAAAGCCUUUUUGACAGUGCUUCACAGGAUACACUUGCAUAAUAUAUGCACACAAUCAAGCAGUAGGUAAGUGUGAUGUUUGAAAUGUCAAGAGUAGACAUUGAUAUUUGUAGCUUAUCGGUCAAUAUCAGACACUUAGUCUAAUAGUCCGCACUUAUGGGUGUCUCAACACUUUUGUAUCUUUGCAGUAGACUUUGACCAAGUGAUGCACACGAACACACCUGCGCAUUUAAUUGUUUUUGAGCAUGGUUUGUGCUCUCUUUUUUUGGUUUACUCUUUCUUUUCUUUUUUUUUUGUACCUUACAGGUAUGUGACCUCUCCACAGAGACAAAACCUACUUUUAUGGUGGUUUUGUGAAGGGGAAAGUUAAGUCCUCAGAUUGAGGGUACAAUGUUACAUUAUGUUUAUCUUUUUUGUUAGUUUUAAUUCAUUUUUUAAAUGAUGCAUUAUAUUUUUGUUGUAAAAUCUGUGCUGCUCCCUGCCUGGAGAAAAUACAUGUUUGUAUGGGUGAAUCUCAUAAAAACUCAUUUAAAAAAAGGAAAUUAGGUAAUAUUUAGCCAAAAAUAAACGAAAAUUAUUUUUAGGAUCAGUAAUAUAUGUUUUUUGCACUAUGAUUUUUGUUUCUUUUUUUUUCACGACAAUUAAGCACAUUUUACCAAACAUUUGCUGUAACACCUGGAUAUUACAUUCAAAUUUAUUUUUAUUAUUUUAUUACUGGCAUCAUAUUAUUAUUACAUUUGAAAUUAUAUAUAUAUAUAUAUAUAUAUAUAUAUAUAUAUGUAUAUAUAUUCAAUUUCAAAUCGUUUUUUCUUUUUGAGUACAUUGUACAUUACAGUUUUUGCAUUUUAGUAAUGAGAAUUGGUUGUAAGUGUGCUUAAUUGUCAUGAAAUUCUGUCAUAAUACAACAAAAUCUAGGUUUGAUUUAUCUAAGCAAAUAUAAUUUCUUUUUUCAUUCCUUUGAUUUGAGAUUUGUGAGAUUCACCCACAUUUGAAACUUCAUUUUCCCUUG